UCCGUCUCCCCCCCGCCCCUCCGGUGUCGCUCUGCAGGAAAGCACUUCCGGUGCGAUGGCGCAGAAGGUGAAUGUGGCCGAUCUGCCACUGCAGCAGUUGGAGGCGCUGAGGGGGCAAUUAGAGCAGGAGACAGAAUUCCUCACCUCAUCAAUCCAGCAGCUAAAACUGGUACAGAGCAAGUACGUGGAGUCACAGGAGAGUCUAAACAAGCUGAGUCCAGACAACACUGGUAAGGAUGUGCUGGUGCCUUUGACAAGUUCUAUGUAUGUCCCUGGGAAGCUGCAGGACGUAAACCUCGUGUUACUGGACAUCGGCACUGGUUACUACGUGGAGAAGGGGGUUACGGAGGCACGAGCAUUCUUCAACAGGAAAUUGGAGUUCCUCACCAAGCAGAUCGAGAAGGUGCAGCCGGCCCUGCAGGAGAAGUACACUGUGAAGCAGGCUGUGGUGGAGAUGUUGAACCAGAAGAUCCAGCAUAUGGCAGCACUCAACAACCCCCAAUCCAGCACAGCCAAGGCCUGAACUCGUCCCACUUCUCACCUCCACCCGUCUCUGCCCAGUCACUAACCUGACCCUGUUUCCCUUCCCCUCCCUCAUGACCUGUUACUCUCAGCCUGACCCCAUGACUGCCCUCUGGUCACCCAUUCACCCCCCCCCCCAGCCUGAACCCGCGAGCCAUCAUGGAGACCUGGUAGCCCCCACCACCCACACAUAGAACCACUGACCCAGCGUGGCUCUAACCCCAUCACCCAGUAACCCUCAGAAUGACCUUGUGAACCUUCAGCCUGACCCUUGAACCCCAGUGACCCAGUCACCCUUGGCGUAACUCUGUGACUUAGUUACCUUCGCCAUGACCCAGUCGUACUUUCCAUGACCUUCAGCCCGGCCAAAGGAAUAUUCCUCCUUGUGACCCAGUUCAGCUAAGCCUGACCGGCUGGGACCACCUUGGGCGGAGUGUGUGUGCAUGCCUGGACCCCACCCUCUCCUCGUCGUAUGGUGUUUGAAUUUUUAUUAAAGUGUUUUCAGGUUUCAGCCA